AUGAAUAUCGAAUACUGUUCACGAUUGGCAACAAAUAACUAUAUUUUGAAUACUGAAAUCAAAACAGAAGAUAUUGUAGAUUAUAUUAAUUCUGCAAACGAUAAGAAAGUAGCAUUCAUUGUCAACUAUGAUAUCAAAGGUAAAGAAUCAUGCGAAAAAUGGCCGACACUUUUACCAAGAGAUUUACCGAUAGGCUGGCGUUGUAAUCAGCAUGGUGGAACGUCUUAUGGAGAAGAUUGUAUUCAAGGUGCGUGGAGAUUCGAAGGACCAGAAAAGGCAAAAGAGAAAGCUCAUGCAGUUGCAGAGCGCUUCUACGAUGGAUUUAGCAUUAAUAUAACUUGGGAAACGAAUUCGAGUUAA